AUCUCACACCUCUCUCUCUUUCUCUCUCCCUACAGCAAUGGCUUCUUCACAAACCAGAACCCUUCGUAGACGCCGAACCCAAGCUUCAAAACCCAUAUCUCAAUCUCCUGUGAAGUCCCUCUCAAAGUCCCAGAUCGACGACUACUACAGCGAUGCCGUCUGCGAAGAAUGCGGCUCUGGUGACGCCGCCGACGAGCUGCUCCUGUGUGACAAGUGCGAUCGGGGGUUUCAUCUAUUUUGCCUUAGACCCAUCAUCGUUUCUGUGCCCAAAGGGCCAUGGUUCUGCCCUUCGUGCUCCAGUCAGAAGAAGCUCAAGUAUUUUCCUCUGGUCCAAACCAAAAUUGUUGAUUUCUUUCGGAUUCAGAGGUCAACAGAAUCAACACAAAAGCUUAAUUAUGAUAGCCAAAAGAGACGUAAAAGAAGCAGCAGCUUAGUUGUGUCAAAGAAGAAGAGGAAGCUGCUGCCCUUCAAUCCAACUGAAGACCCUUUGAGGAGAAUGGAACAAAUGGCAUCACUGGCAACAGCAUUAACAGCUACCAGGACAGAGUUCAGCAAUGAGCUCACUUACAUCCCUGGUAUGGCUCCUAAGUCUGCAAAUCGAGCAGUUCUUGAGCAUGGAGGAAUGCAGGUUUUAUCUAAAGAAGACACUGAAACCUUAAAUUUAUGCAAAAGCAUGAUGGGAAGAGGAGAAUGGCCACCUCUUAUGGUUGUUUUUGAUCCUAAAGAAGGGUUCACAGUUGAGGCAGAUAGAUUCAUAAAAGAUCUAACAAUAAUAACAGAGUAUGUUGGAGAUGUUGAUUACUUGAAGAACAGAGAAAACGAUGAAGGGGAUAGCAUGAUGACCCUCAUUUCUGCCAAUGAGCCUUUAAGAAGCCUUGUCAUCUGUCCUGACAAGCGUGGUAACAUUGCCCGUUUCAUCAAUGGAAUCAACAAUCACACGCCGGAUGGUAAGAAGAAGCAGAAUGUCAAGUGUGUGAGGUUUGAAGUCAACGGCGAGUGUCGGGUUUUACUGAUAGCAAGCAGAGACAUACCAAAGGGAGAAAGAUUGUAUUAUGACUACAAUGGAUAUGAGAAUGAAUACCCAACUCAACACUUUGUCUAAUCCUCCCUUGACUGAUAUCCACAGCUAAGUUAACCCAGAGUAACUGUGAACAAACAGGCUGCAUAGACACUCAUUCUUUUGAUGGAUUUCACCACACUCAGUGCCUUUCAUUUGUCCAUUGAUCUUAAAGUUCAUGAAACCUCAACUGUACAAGAACUCCAACUCCUUUUACCAAGAAAUUUAAUCCUAUUUAUUGUAUUGGAGUGGAUUCUUUUGUAAUGGAAUGGAUCAGAAAUGUUCAUGAUUUUCCAAUGCUCAUCUUUUUAAAAGAUAAGCUUUCCUUUAAAUCUCUUGAUUAUGAUAGUUUGAAGCAGAAGAUUGAAUCA